UUGACUUGUUCGAAUUGGUGUUCGUGCUUCUGUCAUCAUCGUUCGCCCGAUGAGCAUGUUAUAGCCUGUGACGAUGAUGCAAGAUCCGACUGGGCCUUGGCGCUCGCAGCCGGUUCGAAGAGUUUCAAGAUCGACUUUCCUGGCAGUGUGCUACUCGGCAUUCAGACGAUUGCCGAGGCGGUGCGCCACUUUCUUGACCACCGCUUCACGGUGCACUACGUUCGAACGUUGAUACUCUGUUUUCAACUUGCCGUGCUGCUCGGCAUCUACAAGGGCUCUCUGGCGUUGUCCGGCAUUCUUCUUAAUGCUUGCGACAAACACGUGCUGCUGCAGGUCGUCACGCUUUGCCUACGUUACCUGCAACUGAUCGACGAGGAAAACACAGUCGUAUGUAAGACUGAAACUAAACACGAUGGCUUUCGCUGCUGUUGGAACUGCCUGGUUUGCAUGGAAACGCUGUAUCUUGUUCAGAGUUCAGCCGACGAUGCGGCGAAUUUCGAUCUGAACCGAGCGGUGGCGUCGUUAUGGCAUCGUUUAUAUGACGAGUUUUCGUGUCUCGGUCAAUUUUUGUUUCCAAAUCGCGAUGGCGGAGUUCAAGAGAACACUGAAACCUUCGCUCAACAGUGCAGCAACUGCCUCGCCGAAACGAAAUGUUUCUCAACACAGUGGAGCACGCCUCUUCCAAUUGCAACUCUUCGCGAGGUGUUGCUGUCACGCCGACGUUAUCAAAAGGAAUUCGUUGUAAGUGAAUCCACUUAUUCCUAG